AUGGAGGACGUGAGGCCUGUAACUUCACCGUUGACGGAAGACACAGCUUAUACGCGGUGCUUGCGCGGAGCGAAGGAGGCCAAGGAAAGGGGAAAUACCGCCAUAUCGGACAAAAACUUUAAAGAGGCUUCCUUUCAGUACAAGAAGGCACUGCUGUUUCUAUCUGAAUACAUACCGGGAGACGGAGGUUUCUCGGAAGAUGCGUUGAUCGACAUGUUGGCACGGCGAAGAGGCGUAGCAACACCUCGGGACCUCAGCCCUGGUCGCAAGAGUGAGUUAAUGGAUCUCUACGUAACAGUUAUGAACAACUUGGCGGUUGCUGAUAUGAGGCUCUGUCGUUUUGACAAAGGCGUUGAACACACAACAAAAGUCCUCAAUGUUCCUGGACAGGAGAAAAACAGAAAAGCGUUGUGGCGGCGUGCCGAAUGCCAUGUGCAAAGAGGCCAUAUUGAAGAGGCCGAGAAGGAUGUGGAUGUGCUUGCCGCUUGUGCGGAGGGAAAUGGCCAGCAGUCGGAGGAAGUUGUCGAACAACUACGUAUGAAGAUAAAAGAAAAGAAGAAGCAGCUGGUGAGGGAAGAGCGUGCGAUUUGUAAGAAAAUGUUUGAACACGGGUCUUAG